AUAAAGAAGGCCCUCAACUGACUGACUGUCUCUGCUUGCUUAUUCUCCUACUCAUAUCCAAACCCGGGCUGGCAGGAAACGCCUUGAGUGGGCCGCAUGAGCUGGAGGAAUCCGUGAUUUUUGGCCAUGACCCGUGACACGCCCCGUUCCGGGUCUCCCCCCGUCAACGACCCUACGGAUCCGGUGCACGGCCUCCAGCCGAGCCAGCGUCACGCCCUUUUGCCCCAUCGACGCCCGCCCGGCGAACCCACCCACCCUGGGCGUGGCCUAUCACAUGAUGGACGUGUCCGCCCCUCGUCGCGAGGAUUCGACCGUGGAAUCCUUGUCCGACGUGUUCCGUUGUUUCAUCUGUAUGGAAAAGCUCCAGAACGCCCAUCUGUGCCCGCACUGUUCCAAACUGUGUUGCUACCUGUGCAUUCGCCGUUGGCUCACCGAGCAACGCUCUCAAUGCCCGCAUUGCCGAGCUGCGCUCCAUAUUCACGAAUUGGUCAAUUGCCGAUGGGUGGAGGAGGUUACCCAACAACUCGACACGCUCAAAGAGAGCGGUUCGGCUGCUGCGGCUGCGGCCAAAGGCGAGGGCGAAGCCAAGGAUCGAUGCAAAUGUCACGCCGAGAAGUUGUCCGUGUACUGUUGGACUUGCCGCCAAUGCAUUUGUCAUCAAUGUGCUUUGUGGGGCGGUACUCAUUCGGGACACACCUUCAAGCCCUUGGCCGAGAUCUAUGACCAACACGUGGCCCAUAUCAAGGAGGAAGUUAGUCUAUUGCGACGUCGACUCAUGGAGCUCAUCAGUUUGGUCCAGGAGGUGGAGCGUAAUGUGGAGGCCGUCAGAGCGGCCAAGGACGAACGGGUGCGGGAGAUCCGCAACUCAGUGGAGCUUAUGAUAGCUCGCUUGGAUUCGCAAUUGAAGUCCAAGCUGCUGACUUUGAUGGCUCAGAAGAAUGCUCUUACUUUGGAGACGGAAUCGUUGGAGAAUCUCUUGGGCGAGAUCGACAAGUAUUUGAACGGAAAAACGCGCUCCGAACUCAUAGUGAAGUCUCCAGAAUUGCUUCAAAUGGCCAUGGAGAUCAACAAGAAGCCCACGGCCACGUUCGUGUCCACCCCCGUGCAAGCCGACUUUCAGUCCGAGAUCGUGCCUCAAUACGAGAGUGCCACGUUCAGCCUGAACCAGUUCAGCUCGCUUCAGCACAAAGCCGAUCCCGUGUACUCGCCGCCCUUGAAUGUGAACGGCCUCAGUUGGCGCUUGAAGGUCUAUCCCGAUGGCAACGGCGUGGUUCGAGGCAACUACCUGUCCGUGUUCCUCGAGCUCAGCUCAGGCCUGCCCGAGACCUCCAAGUACGAGUAUCGCGUGGAGAUGAUCUAUCAAGGCUCGCGAGACGCGACCAAGAACGUGGUGCGGGAAUUCGCCUCGGAUUUCGAAGUGGGCGAGUGCUGGGGCUACAAUCGCUUCUUCCGGUUGGAUCUCCUGGCCACGGAGGGAUAUUUGAGCACCGAGAACGACACUCUGAUCCUGCGCUUCCAAGUGCGUCCGCCCAGCUUCUUUCAACAAUGUCGAGAUCAGCAGUGGUACAUCCAUCAACUCCAAGCGCUUCAAUCCGGUUACGCAGCUCAAAUCGGCGACCUCAAGGAACGAAACCCGCCAGAUCCCGCACCAAAGUCAACGUGGCCGUGGGUCGGGCUUUUAACAGUGGAGCCAGUGAACUGGAGUGUGGACAAUUGAGCAGUUCCACGGAGAGCGACGAUAGUAGCGAGGAGGCAAAUCCCAAUGAAGAAGAGCAAUCCCUGGAAGAUGGCGAUGGUGAGAACGAUGUCGAAGAUGAGACCAUGUUCGGGGAUAACGACGUCGAGUACAAUGUGACCCAACCCUCGAUGCUCUCAGAUCUGGAUUCGUUGACCGAACAGAGCAUGGAGAGUUUGUACGGCUUGAACAACGCUUCGGGGACCUCUUCCCUGACCUAUUCCACCCCCGGUGGGACCAAGACCAUCUCGGCCGCCUCCAGUGUGCCCAAUGCUCUGUCCAGUAUUGAAGACGAGAUGCUUCUUCUACGACUCAUCGAUAUGCAGCAAUCAAGUAGCGGCACAUCGCGGUCAAGCGCCCCUGAUUUUGCCGCCGGACUUCCAAGAUCGAUUCAGCAUCGUGGAACAUCGGCGUUUUUCCCGUCCAUUCCAUCGUAUUCCGUGGCCAACACUCAUCGGAGUGUGGCUUCCCAGAGUUUCUCGGUUCCCAAAGCGGAUCCGGGACGGAAUCGAUUUCCCAGUGCUGAGUAUCAAGCUCAGUUGUUCGAUCGCCUCCAACUCGAUCCGGGCAGUGUCAAUCCAUUUGGUUUGAGUCCAUUGCACCACAAUGGUUUGACACCGCCCCUCCCGCCCCGAGAUCGUACCUCCAAAUCCACCCAUUCCAUUCCCACCUCGGUGGCUUUAUCCAAUCCAGCGGGAUCACGACCCAAAUUGGCUCUCUUGCCGCGAUCCUUGAAUGGACGCACGCCGGGCGUGACUCAAAACGAGCAACCGUUGUCUUUGAUGCCCACCCAAAGUCCACCGGACACGCCCUCUCUCUCCCCGGAAUCUUCCUCGGCCGAGACCACCUCCAACUCGGUCAUCACGGUCAGACACGUGGACGAAGAUCCCGAAGAUCCCGAAGAUGAUGUUGAUUCGACCUUGGAGCUCCUGGAUCAGUCCUAUGACAUGGAUUCGCCUUUAUCCUCCUUGGCCACAAGUCAGGAGCCGAAGAAGGCCAGCAGUUGCUCCAAAUCCAUCUCUGAGCAGACCGUGCCCAUGCCUUCGAUUGGCAAAGCCGCUGCGGCCAAAGCUGAACCGAUCGGAUUAACCCGGAUGCCGAGAUUGUUUUCCGCCCCUUCGAAGAACGCCUCUGGUGCAACGAGUCAUCCAACCGGACCACUUGGACGGAAUUCGAGAGCCAACUUGGAUGGAGAGGAUUUGCGUAAUCAGCAGGAAAAUGAGGUUGCAGAGGAUGCGGCACAAUGAAACGUGAAUCUUUACUAAUAACUCACUUUAUUAUCGAAAUAACUGCAUUUUACCAUGUGAUGAGAAUAACAGCACAUGCACUCAAGGAGCAUAUGAACUAUGUA